AUGCAGCCCCACCGCCCCCAAACCUCCUUCCACACCCCCCCAUCUUCCCCCCCUCCCACGCAAGCGUCCCCCCCCCUCCCGCACGCCCUCUCCCCCUCCUCCUCCCACCACCACCACCUCCCCCCGCCCCACCCCCGCCCCACGGCACAAAAUCCACGCCGGCCACCGCCCCCCCACCCCCCACCUCACGCACCUCACCGCCUCCUCCCUCCCCCCCGCCCCCACCCCCCCAGCACCCUCCGCCAGCGCCACCUCGCCACCCUCACCACCCUCCUCCACACCGCCCUCUCAUCCAACGACCUCCCGCGCGCCGCCCGCGCCUACGCCCUCCUCCUGCGCACACCCACAACCGACAUCCGCACCUUCUGGCGCCUCGGCGUCGAACUCCUCCUCCGGCGCAACGAGCCCCAGCGGGCCGUCGAGCUCGUCACGCGCCUCGCGCUCGCGUACCCCUACCAGAAGGGCACCCACGCGCUGCACGCCGCGCUGAACGACGGUGAGUAUGGCGGGGAGGAGGGGCGGCUGGCGAGGCCGAGUGUGUUGGAGUUUGUGCCAGCGCUGCUGGAGGUGCUGGUGCUGGUGGGGGAGGAGGAGGGGGGGGCGAGGGGAGGAGGAGGAGGGUGUGGGAGAGGGUGGAGGGGUGGAUGGUGGGGCCGCCGUGGGCGGAGAUGA